AUGUCAUAUGUGGAGCAAUUCGAUGGUCUAUCGCGAGACUCCCCACAAAGUCGGGGGAUCAGCCCCCAAAGCAUUAUCGAUUUUCUUGAGGAUGGCAAAGCAUCGGGUGUUGAGUUUCACAGCUUUAUGCUCUACUCGAAAGGGGCUGUCGUAGCAGAAGCCUGGUGGGACCCAUAUCGUGCGGACCUCCGACAUAUGAUGCACUCGGCCACGAAGUCGUUUCUCUCCGUUGCAGUUGGGAUGGCGAUCCAAGAAGGGCACUUUUCACUGCAAAGUAAAGUGAUGUCAAUUUUUCCAGAAUAUUUGCAGGCUGUGAAAGAAACGAACUCGUCUUCAGAGAUGGCUGAGUUGCUGACGGUGGAGGAUCUCCUCACCCAGACGUCGGGACACGCCACUGGAUCGUCGGGCGCAGUUUGGCGCAAUGUGUCCACCAGCUGGAUCGAACAGUUCUUCAAGAUCCCAAUUGUCCACAAGCCUGGCACCUUCUUCAAAUACAGUAGUGCACCGAGUUAUCUACUCUCCGCGAUCAUCCACCGGACAACUGGUCAGAGCACAAAGUCGUUUCUUAUGCCGCGACUUUUCCAGCCUCUUGGAAUGACAGGGGUAACGUGGGAUGUUGGCCCGGAAGACAUCAACCCUGGUGGGAACGGAAUCAGUUGUCGGUCAUCUGACCUCUUGAAACUGGCUAUACUCCAUCUACAAGGCGGAGUCUGGCAGGGACAACGGUUACUCAGUGAGGAAUGGGUAGCUUCUGCCACGCGAUCUCAACGAGGCAAUGACUAUGGUUACCAAUGGUGGAUGGGAAAUGACAACAGCUAUUAUGCUUAUGGUGUAUUCGGGCAAUUCGCAUAUGUUUCCCCACAAUUUGAGACGGUCCUCGUGAUAACGAGCGCAGUACCACCCGGCGAAGAACAACUUCGAGCCUUGAUUGGCCGCCACUUCCCAAGAAUGCUGAGUUCUCAAAAUCAAAUACCAAGCUCAGUCAAUGGAUCGUUAAAGAGAUACUUGAGCGGAGUACAUAUCGAAUUCCCCACUCAAUCAGAGCUACCAGAGAAAAUAGACGAAGCAUUGGAAAGGCUAUUCGUCGCCCGAGCUAACGUGGACGGGGUAGAAGCCUUCACACUUGGUGCUGAGAAGAACAAGUACAUUUUCAACUUAUGGGACGCAAGAGGACUCCAUCGCGUCGAUAUAGGGUUGGAAAGUUGGUUGGAAUCGGAGACUACUAUUUCUCUUCCAUCUCUGCAUCAUAGCUACGAUGCUUCAGAAAUGCUGGUGGCUACUCGUGGCAAUUGGUUGUCUCCUAAUGUCUUUGAAAUCACGCUACAGUUCAUUCAUACCGCGUUCCAGGAUCGGAUCACGAUUUGCCUUGGCGAGAGCCAAACCGUCAUUCUGCAAAGGAGUGUGAAUGUCAAUUCUCUCGCGACGCAGAGGCCUCCCAUAGUAGCAUACGCGCUUGAAAGAGGAAGUGGGACUUCUGCCGGCCUGAGGAUUACUGAUCGGGUGAAUGCGGCUCGACAAUUACCUCAAUUCGACUCAAUCAUAAUGGCCCGAGUGUUUCCGUACUCAACUCAAUGCACGUCUAUUGAUGAUUUACUCGACAACGAGGAAACAAAAGCUGCUGUGAUGGCCCAGUUAGGCAAUGUGGUUUCGGCGUCACAGCUUGGUAAAGGAGGCCCGUAUACUCUUCGUACGUUUGCGGUCUAUGUGCCAGAAAUUAGCCUCGGGGUGCUCGAUAAGCUUGACGUGGUGUUAGCAAAGAUAGUGUAUCCGUGGUAUUGA